AUGGACCCCAUAAUCGAGUUCAUAAAGGAGGGGGUGCGCCUAGCGGACAGGCAGCAGACACGAAAGUUGCAAUCGAGAUGUGCUAAAAACACCCUCAUGAACGGGAAGCUAUACUGCAGAGGUUACAAUUUCCCAAACCUCAAGUGCGUGACAGAGGAAGAGGGAGAAGUGAUCAUGGGAGAAAUUCAUGAAGGGGUAUGCGGGAAUCACUCUGGAUCCCGGUCGUUAGCACAUAAGGCACUACGCACAGGGUUCUUCUGGCCCAACAUGGGUGUCAUGACAGAUAGGAUGUCGGAGAGAUGCCGUAAAUGCCAUUUGCACGCCAACGGGAUACAUUCCCCUUCUAUUGCUCUGUCAGUCUUAUUGUCGCCCUGGCCUUUUGCACAAUGGGGCCUUGACCUCAUCGGGAUACUGCCAACGGCACCCGGGCAGUUCAAGUACGUGAUAGUGGUUGUUGACUAUUUCACGAAAUGGGUGGAGGCAAAGCCCUUGGGGAAGAUAACCACCGAGUGUGUGAAGAAUUUCCUGAUGAAGAACAUCUACUGCAGAUUCGGGGUCCCGGAGACAAUCGUCACGGACAAUGGUACACAAUUCAAAAAUAACCAUCUAAUUGAAUUCACAAAGGACAUGGGUACCAAGAUGGCAUUCGCGUCGGUGGCACACCCGUAG